GAGACAGCGCUAGCGCACUGCCUUCUCCGGGAACGCGACCGCCGAGCUCCCCGGCGUCCGUCGCUGGAACGAAUGGUCCUCUUGACACUGAAAGAAGAAAACAGCGAAUCCUAAAGUCGAGCACAACACAGUUUUCUGUACCCACCUCAGUGACUGCCGAGUCAGCGGGUGUGGACGCGCAAGAUGGUGACAAGUAUGGGCGUGAAACUGGCGCAGAUCGGACAUUGCAAAAUGGUCUUCCGUCAACAUCUGUGAGUGAGUUCAACAGUAGGCACUCUGCACCCGCACCAGGCGAGCUACAGGUGUCUUUGGAGGAUGAUAAACAAGGGCCGCAACUGCAAGCAGCUACUUCAGGAGUUAUGAACCAUGCAACCGAGCAACAGCCCCCAUUACUUGCAUCGAUUGCUUCCGUCAACACUCCUGGCUCAGUAUCUCACGUUGGCGGAGCCAGGUCUUCUUCCCGGAAAC